AUGGCCGCUGCUACUACCCCCGGCGCUGUUGAUCAGCUCGCCUCUGAUCUCGGCAACACUUCCCUCAACAGCGGCGAUGCCAAGGCCCCCGCUGCCAUCAACACCAACGUCGCUGGCGAUGCUCAGGGCGAGGAGCCCGAUACCGCGACCCCCAACACCGCCCAGACUCCCCACCCUCACGCUUCCGCCUCCCUCUACGUCGGUGAGCUGGACCCCUCCGUCACCGAAGCUAUGCUCUUCGAGCUGUUCUCAUCCAUUGGCUCUGUCGCCUCGAUCCGCGUCUGCCGCGAUGCCGUCACCCGUCGCUCGCUGGGCUACGCCUACGUCAACUACAACGCCACCUCGGAUGGUGAGCGCGCCCUCGAGGAGCUCAACUACACCCAGAUCAAGGGCCGCCCUUGCCGCAUCAUGUGGUCCCAGCGUGACCCUGCCCUCCGCAAGACCGGUUCCGGCAACAUCUUCAUCAAGAACCUUGACGCCGCCAUCGACAACAAGGCUCUGCACGACACCUUUGCCGCUUUCGGUAACAUCCUGAGCUGCAAGGUUGCCCAGGACGAGAGUGGUAACUCCAAGGGCUACGGUUUCGUCCACUACGAGACCGACGAGGCCGCUGCUGCUGCUAUCAAGCACGUCAACGGUAUGCUUCUCAACGAGAAGAAGGUCUACGUCGGCCCCCACAUCCCCAAGAAGGACCGCCAGAGCAAGUUCGAGGAGAUGAAGGCCAACUUCACCAACGUUUACGUCAAGAACAUUGCCACCGAGGCCAGUGACGAUGACUUCCGCCUGCUGUUCGAGCAGUACGGUGACGUCACUUCGUCGUCUCUCGCCCGUGACCAGGAGGGCAAGUCUCGCGGUUUCGGUUUCGUCAACUUCACCACCCACGAGGCUGCCGCCAAGGCUGUUGACGAGCUGAACGGCAAGGACUUCCAGGGCCAGGACCUCUACGUUGGCCGUGCUCAGAAGAAGCACGAGCGCGAGGAGGAGCUGCGCAAGUCGUACGAGGCCGCCCGCCAGGAGAAGGCCAGCAAGUACCAGGGCGUCAACUUGUACAUCAAGAACCUGGCCGAUGAUGUCGACGACGAGAAGCUGCGCGCCAUGUUCUCCGAGUUCGGUCCUAUCACCUCUGCCAAGGUCAUGCGUGACAGCCUGAGCGAGUCCAGCGACGACGAGGGCAAGGACAAGGAAUCGGACGAGGGCACUCAGGAGAACACCAAGGAGAACGAGCAGCCUACCGAGGAGGCCAAGGAGGAGGAGGGUGAGAAGAAGGAGAAGAAGGGCGACCGCAAGCUUGGCAAGAGCAAGGGCUUCGGUUUCGUCUGCUUCAGCAACCCUGAGGACGCCACCAAGGCUGUCACCGAGAUGAACCAGCGCAUGAUCGAGGGAAAGCCCCUCUACGUCGCCCUGGCUCAGCGCAAGGAUGUGAGGAAGAGCCAGCUUGAGGCUAGUAUACAAGCUCGCAACCAGCUCCGUAUGCAACACGCUGCUGCCCAGGCCGGUGUGCCCCAGCAGUUCAUCCAGCCUCCCGUCUUCUACGGCCCAGGCCAGCAGCCCGUCUUCCCUCCUGGCGGCGGCCGGGGCAUGCCCUUCCCUCAGCCCGGCAUGGGUAUGCCUGGUGUCCAGGGCGGCCGACCCGGCCAGUUCCCCAACUACCAGGGCGGUGGCCGUGGUGGACCCAUGCCCCAGGGUAUGUACAUGCCCGGCAUGCCCGGCCAAUUCCCUCCUGGUGCUCCUUAUGGCCAGCCUGGCAACCCUCAGUUCAUGGCUGCCAUGGCACAGGCCCAGCAGACUGCCCUCAACAACGGCCGCGGCGGCCCCGGCGGACGCGGACCCAUGCCUAACAUGCCCAACAUGCCCGGCCCUGGUCUGCCCGGAUAUCCUCCCAACGCCAGGCAGGGUGGCCCCGGCCGCGGUGGCAUGAACCAGCGCAACGGACAGAUGGGUGGCCAGUUCCCUCAGGGUGGAAGAGGCGCUCCUGCUGCUGGUGCCCAGCCGCAAGAGCCCCUGACUCCUGCUUCUCUUCUGCAGUCGCAGCUUCAGGCCCACGCCGGAAACCCUCAACAGCAGAAGCAGAUGCUGGGUGAGGUCAUCUUCCCCAAGAUCGCUGCUCUGCAGCCUGAGCUGGCCGGCAAGAUUACCGGUAUGCUGUUGGAGAUGGACAACAACGAGCUCGUCAACCUGAUUGAUAGUGAGGAUGCUCUCCGCGUCAAGGUCGACGAGGCCAUUGCUGUCUAUGACGAGUACGUCAAGUCGCAGGGUGGUGCUGAGACCAAGGCCGAGCCCGCCAAGGAGGAGAAGGCCGAGGAGAAGGCAUAA